AUGUCAAAGUUCUCUAAGGAAGACCAAAUAACCAAAGUCAAUAGCUAUGGCUUCACCAUUCAACUACUGAAGGUCAUAGGCAACCAAGUAGCUGAUUUCUAUGGCCAUAGUGAAGAUGGGUGUAAGAGUCCCCCAGCACAGAAGAUCAUAUUGGCUCUGCCACAGUGGUCUCACUUUCAUAACCAGUCCACCAAAUUUGUUGCCAAGCUCUUUUGGCCAGAGGAGGCACACCAGAGUGAGCCCAAGAUCCUCAAAGAGGUCUAUGAGAUUGCACAAGACAAUCUGAAUGUGUUGGGUCACAUUCCAGAGAUGGUUCUGUGUCACAAGUUUGAAGAAUGCAGCCACACCCUAUACCUUAUCAUGUUCAAGAAGCUUGACCCAAUCAUGAUGUUGAGUGGGAAAGAGUUCCUUCUUGCAUGGUGGGAGGCUGUCAAGUGUCAUUAUGCCCUCUGGAAGAGGGACAUACAUCACUGCAACAUCAGCCCCAGCAAUCUUAUGGGAUAUCACUUUGAUGGUUGA